AUGGCUAUGCCUUUUGAAAAGAUUGGUGACAUUUUUGACAAGAAAGAAUUAUGGAAAAUAGUUGUCAAAGUUCACCACAAAUGGACUGUUGUUUCUAAUAACAAAGAGCAUUUGGAACUCAUUUUUGUUGACGCUGAGGGGAAAUAUAUUCAUGUAAUAGUGCCAACUGCUUUGAAAGGAACAUUUGAUUCGGUGUUACAUGUCAACAACACUUACACUAUGACUAACUUUAAGCCUCAACCCAAUGAUUUAGUCUUCAAAACUUCUGAUCAUUAG